AUGCAGAAUCUACGUCCUGAAAACUACUCAAUCCUAUGGAUUGCGCCAUUGGAAAUCGAGGCACAGGCUGCAUUACUCAUGCUAGAUCACCGUCACGAUGGAAAGUUUCCGGUAGACCGUGGUGACGAUUACGUUUUCCAAGCCGGGGAUAUGUGCGGACACAAUGUUGUUAUCGCAACUCUUCCAGCAGGCCAAGAGUAUGGGACCGGAUCGGCCGCGGCUAUUGCCAGUCAAGCAAAGAAGUUCUUUCCAAGUUUAUGGUUUGGUCUUCUAGUGGGUGUGGCUGCAGGCCUUCCCGACCUUGCCCGGGACCCGCCGCGAGAUAUUCGCUUAGGUGACGUCCUCGUCGGAAUCCCAGAUGUGGAUAGUUCAGGAACAAUCGCGUAUGACUUGGGAAGAGAUGACGGGGACGACGAACUCGAGCUUCUACGACAAGGUCAUAUACUGGCUCAAACCGUACCGGUUGUCAGAUCUGCUAUCGGAAGCAUUAAGCUUGAUUCACCAGCCGAAGCUGCGGUGUUUCUCAAAUACUAUGAGAAUAUGAAGAACGAGCGACGUUCUAAUGUCACGUUUCUCGACCCCGGACAAGAUCGCGAUAAACUUUUUCAACUUGAUAAUGAUGGGACUGAGCAUAUUGUGCACAGAGAACCGCGCCCUGAUACCCAACGUACUCUCGUCUGGUACGGGCCAAUAGGGUCGGGCGAGAAGCUGAUGAAGAACGCAAAGAGGCGAGAUCAAUUGAGAGACAAAUACGGCAUCAUCGGUCUUGAGAUGGAAGCAGCCGGUGUCAUGAAUCGCAUCCCCGUUGGCGUAGUCAGAGGGGUGUGUGGUUAUGCAGAUAACCACAAAAAUUGGGAUUGGCAGCCUUACGCAUCUGCGAUGGCAGCAGCAUACGCUAAAGCAAUUUUGUCACAAAUCCCUUCAAGCCGUGAGCCCGGUGGAUCAGCGGUAUCAAGAUCUGAAACCUCUGCGAAUGAAAAAUCCAAGAAGCGCGACAGGGGCGAUAUAACGGACGAGGACGGGGAUAUAACUACUAGGAAGAAGCGCAAACGUCCCUCCAGAGCUACUAGAACUUCGGCUGGCAGGUCGAUCGCAAAAUUCAGUGGUCAAGGUAACCAAAUUACAGGGUCUGGAAGUAUUUCCAUUGGUGGAAGCCAAACUUUCAAUUGA